AUGGGAAGACAUUACCUGUUGAUAACACAGACUAUUUUUAUGAUCAUGGGAGGUGUGAGAGAAUUGAUGCUAUUUGUGGUGACUGUGGGGGUUGUGAAAGUUUCUUGUUACCCUGUUGGAAAGUCCCAAAAGCAAGAGCAAGUCUCUCUGCAGAGGAGACUUGGAGAGCUGUCAUCAAAUGACGUCUCCAUUGUGCAUGCCCUGGCCUUGCUCCGAUCCAUAGGGUCUGAUGCUAAACAAGACAGAGAAGAGUAUUUCGAGACUAAUGAAGUAGAAUCCCAAGCUUCUCCAAACCAUGGUAGCUCUACGGCAAAUGAUGCCCUGUCCUCUGACGACGCUACCUCUGAAGCUGCCACUGGCCCGUCUGGCGACGCUACCUCUGAAGCUGCCACUGGCCCGUCUGACGACGCUACCUCUGAAGCUGCCACUGGCCCGUCUGACGACGCUACCUCUGAAGCUGCCACUGGCCCGUCUGACGACGCUACCUCUGAAGCUGCCACUGGCCCGUCUGACGACGCUACCUCUGAAGCUGCCACUGGCCCGUCUGACGACGCUACCUCUGAAGCUGCCACUGGCCCGUCUGACGACGCUACCCCUGAAGCUGCCACUGGCCCGUCUGACGACGCUACCCCUGAAGCUGCCACUGGCCCGUCUGACGACGCUACCCCUGAAGCUGCCACUGGCCCGUCUGACGACGCUACCCCUGAAGCUGCCACUGGCCCGUCUGACGACGCUACCCCUGAAGCUGCCACUGGCCCGUCUGACGACGCUACCCCUGAAGCUGCCACUGGCCCGUCUGACGACGCUACCCCUGAAGCUGCCACUGGCCCGUCUGACGACGCUACCCCUGAAGCUGCCACUGGCCCGUCUGACGACGCUGCCACUGGCCCGUCUGACGACGCUACCCCUGAAGCUGCCACUGGCCCGUCUGACGACGCUGCCACUGGCCCGUCUGACGACGCUGCCACUGGCCCGUCUGACGACGCUACCCCUGAAGCUGCCACUGGCCCGUCUGACGACGCUACCCCUGAAGCUGCCACUGGCCCGUCUGACGACGCUACCCCUGAAGCUGCCACUGGCCCGUCUGACGACGCUACCCCUGAAGCUGCCACUGGCCCGUCUGACGACGCUACCCCUGAAGCUGCCACUGGCCCGUCUGACGACGCUAUUGAGUAACUGUUGACUUCUGCAUCUGAGCCCCCGUUGACCACAAACAUGGAUAUCUGAUGUGGGACAUGGUGCUCGGUGUCCAUGCAAGAGUUCAUGGGUUUUCUAGUCCAGGUUGUGUGUAACUGCAAUUUCUUGUUUUGGCUCAAUUAAACGCUAACUGUAAUA